AGCAUGAGGGGGGAGAACCAGAGCAGCGUGUCUGAGUUCCUCCUCCUGGGGCUCCCCAUCUGGCCAGAGCAGCAGGCCGUGUUCUUCGCCCUGUUCCUGGGCAUGUACCUGAUCACGGUGCUGGGGAACCUGCUCAUCAUCCUGCUCAUCAGGCUGGACUCCCGCCUCCACACCCCCAUAUACUUCUUCCUCAGCCACUUGGCCUUCACUGAUGUCUCUUUCUCUUCUGUCACCGUCCCAAAGAUGCUGAUGAACAUGCAGACUGAGCACCUAUCAAUCUCCUAUCCAGGAUGUAUUUCACAGAUGUAUUUUUAUAUACUUUUCGGUUGUGUUGAUAAUCUCCUUCUCGCAGUGAUGGCAUAUGACAGGUAUGUAGCCAUCUGUCAUCCUCUAUACUACACCACCAUCAUGAAGGAGGAUCUGUGUGUGCUGCUGGUGGCUGGCUCCUGGAUUCUCUCCUGUGGCAGUGCCCUCUUACACACCCUCCUCCUGACCCAGGUGUCCUUCUGUGCUGACAACAUCAUCCCCCACUUUUUCUGUAGCCUCCCCAUCCUACUCAGGCUGUUCUGUUCAAACACCUCUGUUAAUGAGCUGGUCAUAUUUACUGCAGGGGCUGCAGUUGUCAUUCUCCCGUUGACUGGCAUCCUGGUCUCUUAUGGACGCAUUGGGGCUUCUAUUCUGAAGGUGCCCCCUACCAAAGGUAUCCGCAAAGCCUUGUCCACCUGUGGCUCCCACCUCUCUGUAGUGUCUCUAUUCUAUGGAACAAUUAUGGCACUGUACUUUUCUUCCUCAUCGAGCAACUCCAAUGACAACGACAUGAUUGCCUCACUGAUGUAUACAGUGGUCACCCCCAUGUUGAACCCCUUCAUCUACAGCCUAAGGAACAGAGACAUGAAAUUGGCUCUGGAGAUUCUUUUCAGAAACAUUGUUUUCACCAAGUGA